AUUAAAAGAGAAAAACAAAAUAAUAUUCUUAUGUUUAAUAUAAAAAAAUUGUAAUUUACAUAUUAAUUUUAAUCGCCUCCUACGAUGCCACGAUUCUCUCUAGUCAUACGAAAUUAAUAUCGCGCCGUAGUAUACUUCUCUCCUUUUUUUAGAUGUAAAGUCGUUCUUAUUUAUUUUUAACAUUUUAUUUCUAUUCUUAGCGCUAUUUUAUAUAUGACGGCGGUUAAAAAUUGAUGGCUAGGGUAACUCGUAGAAUCAUAUGUACAUAAGAUCGCGAUAUUUUCAAUAAUGCCGCGAUAAGGAUGAUAGUUAAAGGAUCAGUCACGUCUUGUCUUUUGACGUAACGGAGGUUGUUACGAAGUAUAUUUAAGACAAAUUUAGACUACUCUACUUAUUCUUUGUUUAUAUGCCACAUUUAGUAACUUAAUACGAAAUUCAUGAUUUUUAAGUGAAUUGACGUAUAACAAGUAACAAGUUAAAUAAGAGAAUACGUUUUGCUAAAUCUUAUAUCGAUGUGAUUCUCGUGAUAUGAGAAAUUAGCGCUAUAAGGGAUAUCUGUAAUUAUCAUUAUGACGAAAAUAAAUAAAUUUCAUAAUAAAUUAAUUUCAGAAUUAGUCUUUCUAAUUAAUCUUUAAGUCGCGAGAUGUCAAAUACGAUGCAGUAAUGACACGAAUAUUGCGAAUAUUACACGAUACUCAAAAGUGAAAAAGUAUUAAUAAUGCCAAUACGCGCAGAAAGCUUUUGUCUUGUAAACCAUCUUGUAAUAAUUGACAAUCACAUAAGUACAAGAAAAUUGACUAUCAACAAAAUGCAUGGAAAUAUGAACGCUUGUCACACACAAGAGGUAGAGAUUGUAUCGUCAACUUCUAAGUUGAUAGAUGCUUCCAAAUACAAUCUGCGGUGUAACCGCAAUAUUAGUGAAAAAAUGACAAAGAAGGAUUUUAUUUAUGACAUCCCUACAGCUGCGCAGACCAUGAGAAAGCUUGAGAUACAAAAACGACCGUUCAUACUUCAGAUACAGCUACGGCGAAAAAUGUACGCUAACUCAAAAAUGCCACUACGGUAUAUAAUUUCUAAAAAUAUAGAUCAUGAUGGUAGUGGUGAUGCAACUGUAGUUACUAAUCGACGCACUUUAAAAUACAAGUGCAACUUCUGUCACGAACCUAUUGCCACGUUGUUUUCUCUGUCGACUCAUGUUAAAUUCCACUGUCAAACAUACUGCAAGAUAUGUUAUUGGAUUUUGGAGCAAAAUGAGACUAUGAAACAGCAUAUCAGCAAUUGUCAUGAAAAUAGUCCGGGGAUAGCAAACUAAAAUCUCAUUUAAAAACGUUGUUUCUGCAUUCCAAAUAAAACUCUAUAUAAUCUAAAUAAAAAAUACUUAAA